CACUGUCAGUCAACUUCAAAACUGAAUUUGAAAAUAUUUUCUUGUGUUUAUUAUAUUUCUAUUCCUGGAAAAUUAUUUUUAUUUGAUACGAUAUCGGUACGGUUGUCUAAUAUCGUGAAGAUGAUCCACGAUGCUCUAUUGGUUCUUUGGGAUUGCUCCCAAGCAACUCGAAAGGAUCCAGUUGUUGGUCCAUUUGCGAACGACGGCGAUUCUGAAAUGUACGGCCGGAUAUGCGAAAUAGCUCGUAGCCAUCACAAGAUACAGAACUUUGUUGAAGCUACUAGUUUCCACGCUAGAAAGUCUUAUUCACGACCUAGAAAUCAUGGCAUGUAUGCUCAAGCACUGAGUGAAGGCAUAACAGAAGUUCUACAAUCAUACAAAAAAACUCUCCUAGAAGUAGAAGGUUUGAUUAUCGGCAACCACAAGUACACACUGGCUUUUGUGUACAGCUAUGUAGAGAAAUACAGGGGGUUGUUUAAUACACUCUCCCGAAUCAUAUCAACUAUCAAAGAGAGAAGGCUGGUGGGCUGUCAGAUCCUGAGCUUGACUCACCAGCAUAUAUUGAAUGGAAAUGAAAUGGUGCACGAAGCUAUUGUGAAAAUAUUUGCCAACAUCAACAAAGUGUUUGUGAACCAACUCUGCUCCUGGCUGCUGUAUGGUGAAUUAAAGGAUCCUAAUGGUGAAUUCUUCAUAUAUGCGAGUGAGAAAGAGGAAGAGGCAUCUGACACAUUCUUGUCCUCUCCCACCACUGACCAUGACAAAUCUCUGGUGGUUACUCUUCAAGACACAGCUCUUGAUUGUGGGUAUAACCUGAAAACCAACAUGAUACCAUACUUCGUGCCACUGUCUCUUGCUCAAGAAAUACUGUUCAUUGGUAAAACAGUGAUACUGUUUGGAUUUGAUCCAAGCAAGUUGAAGCGUCACUCCAGUGCCCCCGGCCCUUCUAGCUCCAUGGUGUCAUUACAACCUUUUGGCAGCAGUGAUGCUCGCAGGUUCACAAUAUGGGAGGAGAAUGAGGCUGAGUUCCAUGAGAAACUGCAAAGUCUAAAGAACCCUCAAGAGUUUGAAGUGUGCAACCUUCGGAAUGUUGUUAGGGAAAUUAAAGAAUGUGUCACUAAGCACCUCUGGACAGUGGCGGUGGAAGAAGCGCAACUGAUGCACGAGCUGCAACUCAUGAAGGACUUCUUCCUGCUCGGGCGCGGAGAGCUGUUCCAGGAGCUGCUGAGACUGUCUUCACACAUCCUGGAUAACCCUGUUACUAGGACUUCUACUAGAGAUAUGAACCACGCGUUCCAACUGGCAGCGCGGGCGGUGUACCUCGGCAACAACCCGGACAUAGAGAAGUUCAGCUUCGAGCUGCCGUAUGUGAAGCCUAAUGUGUCCAACAACUCCUCUAUUGGAGAUGACAGCAGCUCUGCAUCCGACGGCUGGUCGUGCAUAGUCCUAAAGUACCAGUUGAAGUGGCCACUUCAACUGAUAUUCACGGGCGAGGUGCUGGCGCGCUACAACGACAUGUUCCGCCUGCUGCUGCGCGUGAAGCACACGCAGCGGGACCUGCACCGCCUGUGGAAGACCUGCAAGCAGAGCAAUAGUUUCGAAAUGUGCCAGCUCCACACGAAGCUAACCUUCCUAGUAGACAACCUCCAGCACUACUUGCAAGCGGACGUGCUGGAGAGCAACUACUCGCGGCUGCUGCGGGCGGCGCGCGGCACCGGCGACUUCGACCAGCUCCGGCUGCGGCACCACCAGUUCCUGCACCACGUGCUCAGCCAGUCCUUCCUCAUUGCGAGUAUGCCGUCAUCAUCAGACUCCGACGCCGGCGACGUCACACAAUCUCCCAGCAGCCCGGUGCCUCGCUGCGUGCUGGAGCUGCUGCAGCUGUGCCGCUCGUACUGCCGCGAGCACGAGGCGCGCGCGGACACGCCCGCCCAGAGCUACUGCCGCCGGGGGCGCGCGGGGAGAUACAACGUCCUAGUGAAGCAACUCAUGGAACUACUGGUGUCGCUGCGGUCGAGCGAGAGCGGCGUGUUCCUGUCGCGGCUGCUGAUGCGCCUCGACUACAACCGCUGGCUCAGCGGCGAGGCGCGGCUCACGCACUCUGUCACCAACAUGCUGCGGUGAACAUGGAGACAUGAUGAUGAUAAAAU